CAACCGUCUUUUCGUGAUCAAUGUAACAUGUUUUUAUCCAUAUUUGCCCUCAUGGAUCACUAUGAUUCUAGCGCAUCUAUCUAAUCGUAGAAUUACAAACAUCGAUGCAUUGUGUUCAUGAAUAUAUGCUUCUAAACUGACCGACACCAACGGUAAAGCGCCCGGAACCCUGCUCUGCUAGUAGGCCGAAUCAUUCUUUCUAUUUGGCAGAGCCGUCAUCAUUCUUCGUGAUUCAUUCUGGAAUAGCUGGCCGUAUCGGUAACUUUUCGAUGCAUUAAUGAACCUGUGUAAUAGUAACAUCGAUAAGUGCUGCUUCGCGUAAUUGUCCGUUAACACCGAGAAAAAGGACCAACUCGAAGCUCUCCAUCACUGAACGGUUAGACCAGAUCGUUGUUGUUGUUGAGUGGUGUGUAUUUGAUGCGGCCUUAAUGCGUUUCGUGUUUACAAUCUGAUCCGAUAUAUGGAUUAGAUGUUGGCAGACCGCAUUUUACACCACUAACGUUCACCGCGAAUCAAAAACAAUUAUAUUCAAAAGCUGUCGGAAUUUCCUCAGCGCGACCCGUUUCCAACGAAUAUGGAGGUGGAAAAGAUGUCUUCCGAGUUUGUGAGGCUCACGGUAACGACCGAAGGUUCCGAUCUUGGAUGCGAGCGGGCUUUCAAUCGUAACAUCACCGUAGGCGAGCUAAAACAGCGGCUAGAAUUGUUAACUGGUGCUGCCUACAAUCGCAUGAAGCUAGAGCUACGUAACAAAGAAUCACCUAACCAACUGCUAGAAGCACUUAAUGAAGAUGAUAGAAAAAUCGGUGACUACCCCGCGAUGGACACUGGCCUGCUUCUCAAAGUGAUCGAUCCCUCUAUGGGCAUUUUUGACGAAGUGGACGCGGUUGAAAAGAUGAAAAUUUCAGAAGAUAGAUAUGCCCAAGUGAAUAACGUUCGAAGUUUUAUGCAACAACAUGGUUUAGGACGGUUUUCGAAUAAGACGGUUAACGAAUCAAACAAGACGGAUAAGGAAAAUUUAAAGGAAAUCGAGGUCGGAAAGCGCUGUGAGGUACGUACUAAAGGAACCCCUGCUCGUCGCGGAGAAGUCAAGUACAUUGGAGAGAUUUGUCUGAAACCCGGUGUGACCUUUAUCGGAGUCUGCCUUGAUGAACCAUUGGGAAAGAACGAUGGUACUGCGGGUGAGGUGCGAUAUUUCAAAUGCGAACCUAAGCAUGGCGUCUUUGUAAGACCGGCUGACAUUGAGGUGGGCAAUUUCCCGGAAAUAUCGCUCGAGGACGAACUGGACGAAAUCUGAUUUUAACCGGCCUCGUCGACCGCGAUGCCAACAACUGCUGAAUCCAACGUCUAGAAAUCGGCUUCAGCCCCAGAUAGCGCAGUGGAGUUCUUAAUUUAGAAAGGAUUGAUGCAUCGAUUCGAAAACGGAUCUAACCAAUAAUUAACACUUCGAACCUAGGAGUUAAGCGAAGCGAACAGUCAUCCUUAAUGAUGUAAUAUAAGUUCAAAUUAAAUUCAACCCUUAAAGAGAGUCAAUUUAAUUCAGUAACGACUGAAGGCUUUAAACUGAUUUUAGUUCAGGCGGGCAUUAGGUUAAGUAAAA